GUGCUUGGGCUACUUGAAUAAAAAAUAAGCAAAAAUAUUCAAUGCUAUUAGUGUGUGGAAAGAAAAAAUUCAAUAAUAUAUCCGCCAAAAUCUGUCGGGGUCUGCAGAUGGAAAAUCAAAUGAAUAUGAAUGGGAAAGUGCUCGAGCGUAAAUAGGCCAGAAGUCGAAACAUUGGGAAGCCAGAGAUAGCCACCGACCGACCAGGCGCUUGGACAAACUUGUGCAGUUUUCUCAGAUAUUUUCCAAACGCCGUGCGAGUGCUAUUAUUAAAGUAAUUUGUGCGACACUUGCCACCUGUUUGACAACUUUUUGGAAAACACAAUUUAUGCAAAAGGCCUCGAGAAGAAAGCAGAUCCGAUCCGAUCAGAUCCAACGAAAGCGAGAGUGUGUCGUUGACCGGGAAUAUAUGGAACGGCACUGAACGAGGUAACGAGCUACACGCGCUCCCGACGUCUGAAGAGUGUCUAAGCCAAAGAGGGAGACAGCUACAGCCAAACGAAAGAGACGGCGCCGCGGGAAAAAGGCGACAAUCAGACAGACCACAAUAAGGCACUGAACAGCGGAGAAAAAGAUUUAUUGAACGAGAUAACCCACAAGUACAAGGCAUAAAAGUCAAUGACCACAUCAACUGGAAGCCGCAAGCAGCGUUUUUAUUAAGCAUACGCCCCCACAUAAAUUAGUAAUCAAGACGCGCCCGAGGCGAAACUAAUAAGAGGACUUAUUUUUAUUGAAAUUAUUAUGAUUAAUGGCCAGUGCUGAGCUGUACUGGGCGGGAAAGUGACUCGAGUUGCGCAAUGAACCUUUGGCUAAUCGAAAGCGCGAUGCGAGGCAGCAGGUUAGCUGUGGGUUGCUCAUACGCCGCGUUGGCCCGUGGAAGUAGCGUUUAAUACAAGAAACCGAAAUUACACAAAAUUGAUGGCUGCAACCGGUCACUGUCAACGGAAACUAAUCUCCACCGCCACACUGACGCUUUUCAUCCUAUUCCUGAGCAGCUGGAUAGCCUAUGCAGCGGCAAAGGCGACGGCGGCCGCUCCGCUCCUGGAAAGCGAGACGGAGCCGUCAGCGCCGGACUUUGCCAACAGCAGUAGCGCCUUUCUGGGCGCCGUGGCCUCCGCAUCGGCUGCGUCUUCGGUUACGUCCUUAAGUGGCACUCCGCCCAUGAACAGUAGUCCAGUGGCCAUAGUCACGUACCAGGGCAUUACCAGUAGUUAUCUGGGGGAUAGUAACACCACCCUAGUGCCCCUGUCGGAUACUCCCUUGCUCCUGGAGGAGUUCGCUGCCGGGGAGUUUGUCUUGCCGCCGUUGCAAUCUAUUUUCGUGAGCAUUGUCCUGCUCAUCGUCAUCCUAGGAACAGUGGUGGGCAAUGUCCUGGUCUGCAUCGCCGUGUGCAUGGUCCGGAAAUUGCGAAGACCCUGUAAUUAUCUUCUGGUAUCACUGGCGCUCUCCGACUUGUGCGUUGCCCUCUUGGUAAUGCCCAUGGCUUUGCUGUAUGAGGUCCUGGAGAAGUGGAACUUUGGUCCGCUGCUGUGCGACAUCUGGGUGUCCUUCGACGUGCUUUGCUGCACAGCCUCGAUCCUGAAUCUGUGUGCCAUAUCCGUGGAUCGCUAUUUGGCCAUUACCAAGCCCUUGGAAUACGGCGUGAAGAGGACACCGCGAAGGAUGAUGCUCUGCGUCGGAAUUGUUUGGCUGGCGGCUGCCUGCAUCUCGUUGCCGCCGCUGCUGAUUUUGGGCAACGAGCACGAGGACGAGGAUGGCCAGCCUAUAUGCACAGUGUGCCAGAACUUUGCAUAUCAGAUCUACGCCACCUUGGGAUCGUUUUACAUACCGCUGUCGGUGAUGCUGUUCGUCUACUACCAGAUCUUCAGGGCGGCGCGGCGCAUCGUGCUGGAGGAGAAGAGGGCCCAGACCCACUUGCAGCAGGCGUUGAACGGAACCGGAUCGCCUACAGCCCCGCAGGCCCCGCCACUGGGUCACACGGAACUGGGAGGAAAUGGCCAGCGGCACAGCAGUGUGGGCAAUACCUCUCUAACGUACUCUACCUGCGGUGGCUUGAGCAGCGGUGGAGGCGGUGGAGGAACCCUAGGAGUGGGACUGGGAGGUGGACACCACGGCAGCGGCGGAGGUGUCAGCGGCUCCACCGGUCUACUUGGUUCACCGCACCAUAAAAAGCUGCGGUUUCAGUUGGCCAAGGAAAAGAAAGCCUCCACCACCCUGGGCAUCAUCAUGUCGGCCUUCACUAUCUGCUGGCUACCGUUCUUCAUCCUGGCUUUGAUUCGACCUUUCGAAACUAUGCACGUGCCCGCCUCCCUCUCCUCGCUCUUCCUCUGGCUGGGCUACGCCAACUCGCUGCUGAACCCCAUCAUAUAUGCCACUCUGAACCGAGACUUCCGCAAGCCGUUCCAGGAGAUCCUCUACUUCCGCUGCUCCAGCCUAAACACGAUGAUGCGUGAGAACUACUACCAGGAUCAAUAUGGAGAGCCUCCCUCGCAAAGGGUAAUGCUCGGCGAUGAGAGACAUGGGGCCCGGGAAAGUUUCCUCUAGAAAUUGUAAAUGGAAGCUUGUCAAAGCUGAAUGGUUAAGGACAUCGAUGCAGUUUGGAAAAUCUUCUAAAGGAUUUUCAUUAAAGGCUCGAAACACUCAAAUACUGGGAGGAUUUCUAUAAUAAUAACAUAAAAAUUGUAAAGUCACGGAAAGUAAUCCUGGAAGAGCUGCUUUUCUGGUAAAACUAAAUAUUGAAAAUCAGAAACUCUUAAAUUAUAAAAUUGUACAUUUUAGAAAAAAAAACACUCAAUGUGAAGUUAUAAUUUACCAAAGUAUAUAUGAUAUAUUGAUUUUGAACCUUGAGUUGACAGAGAGAAGGAGUUCGAAGAUUACUUUCCCAUACCCACACAUGGAUAUUUGUAUGUAGUAGUGUUAGUAGUGCGUAUCUCUGUAUAUGUGCACCGCCCCUUACAUUCGCGCAAGUGCGACCUCGCGGACGACUCCUCUAAAUGUAACUUGUUGUUGUAAUUUUAAACGUAGAACUAAGCAAUCAGUGUGGUCCAGCCACACACCCACCCACACGCACUCACAAAAAACCAUCAAACACACACACGGUUGUAACUGUGACAGGUUUCUACGGUUCCUUUUAUGUUUCGAAAACAAUCAGCACCGAAUAUGGAACACAAUCGUUAUCGAAUCUAUUGAUAUCCCCACCCCCGCAAACCAAUCUGUCUAGCCCCAACCCUAGUCCACUUCCCCUGACCUGAAACAAACAGGAAGAAAUGUUUGCCAGAGUAGUUAGUUGAUUUGCUAUACUCAACCUGAGCCAAAAAUUAAAUUUACAAGCUGCAGAUGCAGACACUAAGUCUAGAUACGAUUAAAAUUACGUUUGUGCUAUCCACUGUAAAUACCCAGCUCUGUCUAUAAAGAUACAUGCAAAUAAAAAUAUACAAUAUAUAUAUAAAUAUACAAGAAGAGUAGCCUAUACAUACAUAUGUAGUACGUGUACACUGUGCAGCUCGAGCUCAAGUGAACUAAGAAGUGAACUAAAUUGUAUUUUGUAACUUUCUGCAUUAGUCUUUUGUUGUAUUUUGUAUGAAAAGUCACGCCUCUCUGUGAUACCAAACAUUAAGCAUUACUUUUAUGUUUAGAAUGAAGCUGCAUCAAACGUAACACACAUACAAACCUAAACAUAUAGAUAUAGUAUCUACUAAGUGUGCAUGUUUUUAUUGUAUGUUUAUGUAUGUAAGCACUCCGAAAAGUGCAAUAUGAUAUUCGCGCCGCAAACCGACCGACAAACGAUAAGUAAAAAAUAAAAACUUGGUGUUUAAAUUGAAACGCAGACACAAGCGAGGGAUAAGCUAUGAAACUAUUUACAUAACCCCGACCCACCCAUACCCCAUACCCCCACUCGCAUAUAUCGCCACAAGAAGAUGAGAAUGAAAUUGAAAUUCAAAAUGAAAAUUAAAAUGAAAAACAAACAAAAUGGCAAACGAGCAUGACAAAACUACGCGCAGCUAAUUAUACGCAACCCGAAAUAAAGUUCAUUUCAAAAAUAAACAUCAAAUAUUAUUACUAAACAAAAGUAAUGGAUGUAACAACUAAAACCACUAAACAAACCCAAGUAAAGAUUAAAAAACACUUUCCGAGUGAAGCUUACAAAACUGCAUUUGAAAACUGUUCCCGAAAUAAAUUGAAAUCAUGCAAAAAUUAAGGCAUCAAUAAAAGGCAAAUCGUAUAAAUGUAAUUUACCUGAA